AUGUCUACCUCUCUUAUCCGUUCGACCAGGUCGCAGCUGCCUCUACGAACGACAGCCAUCUCUAUCAGGCAUUAUGCUGCCCCUCACGCUGACCAAGGAGGCGACCCCAAACGAGAAGUCAUCAGACGUGUCCUCUUCCCAAGCAACAUCCGGAAUCGAGCGACACCAAUAGGCACCUGGCGCCCGGACGUCGGACGCGCAAUCCAACGGGCCAUACCCUCAGUGCAGGCUCACGAAACGAUUGAACGCGCCUGGUUGCUUCACAAGCGCCAUGUGAGGAAGAAACGUGAAGAGGAGACCGCCAGGAAAUUCGCAUGCAUGCAGAAGGCGAUGGAUAUGUUGCAUGAGAUUGAUGCUCGGCUCUACAUGGAGGCCAACAAGAAAGACGAUCCUCGUGCGAGGUCGCAAGACGAGAUGGAGAUGAUGAAGAAAAUGAAAGUAUCCGAAAUUAGAGCACUGGAAGCUAGGAUUCGAGGACUAUUCCCUCGCGAAUUGCGGAUACCUACAGAGACACCUUCACGCAUGGGUUGGAAGUACGAAUGGAAGACAUUCCAUCGACCGCUUUAA